CCGAUGAUGACAUUUAUUUGACUGCACGUCGUAGAACUGUUUAAGUUCAAUGUUGCAUGAAUCAAAUCGCGCGCCUGAUUCUUGAUCCUUGUAAACGUCUGUCAUGGAAUUGUCGCGACAUGAGUACCCAGCGUUGCUAGGCUCUCUGCAACCAGGUCAGGCCGUCAUAGCCUUGAAUGAGCGACUGAAACGCAUUGGAAAACUCAAUUCGGAGAUUGCAGAUUGGUUGCAGGAGCGUCGUCGAGUUGAAGAGACCUAUGUCCAAGGACUACGCAAACUCGCACGAAGGCAGCCCCCUGAUGAGUACUCUGAACUUGGGAUCUUCCAAAUACCAUGGCAGAAGAUCCUGAGCUCAACCGAUUCUUUGGCGCAGUCUCACCACAUUCUGGCACAAAAAACCGAAGCAGACAUUGAACGCCCUUUGCGUGAAUUUAUUGCGAAAAACAGAGAAAUGCAGGCUAUCAUGACCAUGCAAGGAAAUUUAGCCGCGCGUGCCAAAGAAAUCGAAACAGCUCAGAAGAAAGUUGAUAAAUUGAAGGACAAAGGAGCGAAGGCGUCAGCUGGCAAGGUCGCUCAGGCCACUUCCGAGGUUGAAAGCGCAACGGCCACUUGGGAUUCACAGGCGCCGUAUAUAUUCGAAAAGCUACAAGCGGUGGACGAAAAUCGCCUUAAUCACUUGAGGGACGUGCUUACCCAGUAUCAGACUCACGAAGUGGACCAGGUAGAGAGAAAUCGGAUCGUCGCUGAAGAGUGCCUCAACGUCCUCUUGAAUAUUGAAACUGCGGAUGAGAUCAAGACCUAUGCUAUUAGGACCGCGGAAGGGCGCCCCCGCAUUGAGAGGCAGAGGAGCAGGACUACUCCAAGUAGUACACUUGCACCUUCGACCCCAGCCAUUGUCGCGGAUGAUGGCGCCAGCCAGGGUUCUGGGUCUGUUAAAGAGCAACGACAUGGAGGAUUAAGCAGUUUAAAGAGACUUGGAACGGUGAUUGGGCGUCGCCGCCAAAGUGCCACUCCAUACGGUCGCCCAUCGUCUCCGGAUAAACGGUCAACUUCGAAUCUUGAAACUUUUGCCAGAGCAGGGAGCUCGCGAGAUCAAUCGCACAUUUCUGCUUCGCCCCGAGGAUCGUCGCCCCACCUUCCAUUGCCUUCAACACGUGAGGAAGCUGAACCGCCUGGAGCCUUUGACUUGCCUUCCUCUCCGAGAGGCCUUUCCAGCUCUCAUGAGAAAACAAACGGCAAUGAGGACCAUCAAGCCAUGGAAGAUAAUCUUAUUUCAGGCACAGGCGCACCGAAUGGCGUCUCUCAACACACUGGUUCAAUUGCAAUCGAAGCCGCACCCGAAGAGCCUUCUUCCUUAAGUAAAGAGGAAAUUACGGAUGCUGAGGGGUUCAGUGUCCCACCCCCCAGCACUGAUGCCAUAUCACAAGCAGAGCAAGAAGCUGCAAGUGAAAAUGCUGCACCACAGUUUAAGCUCGAUAUACGAAAUGAUCCGAUUCAGGAAGAAGACGGUGAUGCAGAAUCAGCUUUGGCAAAUGUUGCUAAUACACUCCGGGCGCAGGCAGCCCCUAACCGAAAGGCUGGGACCUUGCGUGGCCGCCGAGAUGUUAGAAACACCAUCUUUGUGCCUUCACCAACUAGUGCAGAGCAAAGCAGCAAUGAAUCCCCGGGAUUGCCACAGUCACCUUUCCGCAUCGGCAGGACAGCCACCCUACUGUCCGAGGAUCAUGCGAAUUCAGAUACCCUUUCCGUACACUCUUCGCGUUCCAUGAACAGUUUAGCUAGCUCUGCCGUGAAGCACCCGGAGUUGCAUCAGCCAGGGCUCAAUUCAUCUCUCAUUGAGACUAUAAGUGCCUGGUUCCAGCAUGGACAAAUCAGUAAGGCAGUGAUGAUUGGCGAACUUGCUUUGGCAUUCAAUCCGAUCGACCUUUCUGCCCCCUUCGGCACCGAAACUCUACGCCUCGAGAACUUUCCCAUUCUUGAAAAGGUUGCGCCGAAUCCGACUUGUAUCACGCAAGUGCCCGACAAGGCUGGAGAAUACACUGUCAACCUGGCCAGCAUUACUCGCACUACGGUCGCUUUCAAGUACCAGAUACAUAUGCACGAAGGAAACUUCGCUGCCCACAUUCCAAUCGCGCUCACACCAAUUUGGAAGAUCGAAUCUACUCAAGCCUCAGUCAUCCUCAAUUAUUCCAUAAAUCCAUCGUUCCUGCCUGGGGAGGGUCGGACCGUUCACAUGCAAAAUGUGAUGUUCGUGGUCCAUCUUGAAGGCGCGAAGGCGACAUCCUGCCAGUCGAAGCCCGUAGGAACAUUUUCUCGAGAAAAGUCUGUUAUUUAUUGGAAGCUGGGAGAGCUCACUCUCGACCAAGAAAAUCCACAGAAACGGUUACUUGCUCGAUUUGCAACCGAAUCUGAAGCUAAACCCGGCAAUGUAGAAGCCAGAUGGGAAAUUGGAGCUGGCAACAAUCCAGAGCUAGGAAGCGGCUUGCAGCUCACUCAACUUAAUCAGACCAAAGAAUCUGCCGGGGGAGAAGCUGAAAGUGCUGAUCCUUUCGCAGAUGAAAGCGCUAUGCCUAGUCCAACAAUCACGUGGAAGGAGGUUCCGACGCUUAGGAAACUUCGCAGUGGGGUGUUUACCGCCAUAUGAAUUAAGACAUUUAUCUCAAGAUAUUUGGGAAUGAUACUGUCUAUCCUUGACUAAAGAGCAGCUUCAGAGUUGAUAUAUUUGUCAGGGUGUGAAUGCAGAGCCAGCAUGUGCGACAUGUCGAAACAUAUAACUUAAUAACUAAUAUUUUUAAUCUCAAAUUCUUCGAUAUCAUUUGUGUGAGGGUAGUAAAAUUCACGGAC